AUGCUUUUCAACCAAAUUGGCUUCCUCGUAUUAGUCUCAGCUGCGGCCACCGUGUUGGCUGCUGACCCAGCAGGUCCACCUGCUGACAAAGGCGUCACCGGUAGUUCCGCCGACCCCAAACCGGCCGGGUCCCCUCCCAGUUUAGAUGCAAGCAAGCCUGACGCCAAACCUGACGCCAAACCUGAUGCCAAACCGGAUGCCAAGCCCGAUGGCAAGGAUGGCAAGUCCGAUGCUAAGGCUGAUGCCAAGCCCGACGGUAAGACGGAUGACAAGGCUGCUGGGCCACCUGGCGGCGAUCCUACCAAAGGCACUGACUCGAAAGGAGCGGCAUGCACUUGUCCCUCACCAAGCACACCACCGGAAGAACCUGUCAAGAGCCCCGAAGAGGAACCCGCCAAACCCCCUGCAGAGGACUCAGAAAGCGCCGCCGGAAGCACCUUUGGUUUACUCUCCCAACAAACCCAUCUCGGUUAUUUGGGCACAAGUCUUCUCGCAGUGCUCGCAGCGAUAUACGUCUAGCGACCCCGCCCUGCUUCUCCAUCUGUUUCCUUUUUCUCAUUGAGAGCUAGUUUCACUACGAUUUCUUUGCCCCAUGUCCACUCGAUACCAGAAGCAUGAAGAAUUUGUAUUUGUUCGAAAAAUUGGUCCGCUCUUCAUCCCGAAACCCUGCUUGCUUUUUAUUCCUGUUGCACAAUAAAAACAGAUAAGUUCCCAAAACGAUCCAUCCAGAUCUCUUAUUAUCUUCAUUUUUGCAAUCCCAUCCCUUUGUACUAAGACCACACAAGAAAGUGAAAAUGCCACAAUUUGUAAUCCACUGUCAUAACAU